UUUGUUUUGUUUUAAUCUAAUCUCCGGCGGAGCAAAGUUUUCAUUUUUAUUUUUGGGGUUUUUUAAAAAAUGGAUUUGGAUGAGGAGCACGACGACCAAGACGAUGAAGUAAUAGAGGAGAUGCCCAUCGCCCACCACUUCGACGCCACACCGCCGCCGCCCGGGGAGGGUUCAUCGGCGGCGAGGAAAACCGGAGGCGGCGGAGGAGGAAUAGGAGGAGGUAAUAUUAGAUAUAAAGAGUGUUUGAAGAAUCACGCCAUCGGAAUCGGAGGGCAGGCGGUGGAUGGGUGCGGCGAGUUUUUACCGGCGGGAGAAGAAGGGAGUAUAGAUGCACUAAAAUGCGCCGCGUGUAACUGUCACCGGAAUUUCCACCGGAAAGAAACGGAUUCAGAUCAGGGACAUUACUAUAACCUACACCAACAUCAUCAAUUUUCUUAUCGUGGGCCCCCACACCCUUCUGCUUACGUGUACUUGACAGGUGCUCCAAUUCAGCAGAGGCCAUUGGCGUUACCGGCGGCAGUGUCAGGGAGAGAGGAGGAGGAUAACACAUCUAAUCCGAGCAGUAGCGGCGGCGGAACUGGGUUGUUGAAGAAGAGAUUCCGGACAAAGUUCAGCCAAGAACAAAAGGAGAAAAUGUUGGAGUUUGCUGAGAAAGUUGGGUGGACAAUUCAAAAACACGAUGAGGCUGACGUGGAAGAGUUCUGUCGGACCACCGGUGUCCGGCGGCAGGUGCUCAAGGUUUGGAUGCAUAACAACAAGCAUACUUUGGGGAAGAAGUGCUCAAAUGAUUAGGGUUUCAUAAAGUUUGUGAGUUUGAAAUAACCCAUUAUUUUGUUCUUCAUGUUCUUCACAAAAAAAAAAAAAAAAA